AUGCAAAUCUUUUCUAUGCGUAUCCGACUUGUAGAACUAUUCCAAGACUUUGAUAAGCUGCGAUCUGGAUUGAUGACAGUCUCUCAAUUUCGUAGAUGUUUGGCUGCUUCCUUGGAUAAAGGUGUCGUGUCGCCUUUAUCUAAAGAGGAAAUUGACAUUUUACAGCAAAGCUACAUUGACCCAAAAACUAAAAUGGUUCGAUGGAGAGAGUUUGUUGAUAGUAUCGAUACAGUAUUUGGCGCAAAACAACUUGAAUAUUGGCCUACAUCCACAAAUGAAAGCAUUGUCAAGCCAUUUCGACGACCUCUUAGCCCAAACUCUGAAGCCUCAUUAGCAGAAAUCAUUAGUAUACUCAAAUCAUAUGUAAAGCAUCACGGAUCUGAUGUAAAGUCAUGGUUCAAAGACUUUGACAAGUAUAAUAAUGGAUAUGUAACCUAUAAUCAGUUUCGACGUGGCAUUCCACAAAAUCUACUGAGUAUGCAAGAAGAAGAUUUGCUGCUUCUUCGCUAUGGCGGUGUUGUCAGUGGAACGGUUAAUUAUUUCAAGAUGAACACGGAUGUAAACCGUAAAGCUCCUCGUCCUAUCGUUGAUCAAUCACAGCUUGGAGCAAAACUCCAGCCUCGCUCCAAUUGGUAUAAUAAACAUAUUCCGGUUGGAACAGAAGAGCUUGUUUACGAGUCUAGUUUGCAGCCUCACAAUUCCAAUCGGCCUCGCAUUGACUUGUUUCAAGCGGGUGCCAACCUUGCAUCACUUCCACUGAAUGAUGAAGAAUAUGCUGUAAUUUAUGCACAAUAUCAGGACUAUACAUGUCGGGUAAAUUACCGACGCUUCUGCAAGUCCAUUGAUUCGGUAUUUACAAAAAAUCAUUUGGAGCGUGAUCCUUUAUUUGAAGUCAAGCCAGUGUUUCGAGAGUGGCUGAUGACGGACUCGACUCAACUUGAUCCUGCCGAAAAAGUACGGUGUGCUCAAAUCAUUGGCAGGUAUCAGGAGAUUAUGAAACAGCGCCGCUUACUUCUUGCUCCAUUCUUUAAAGAUUUUGACAAAGCAAGUGCAACUAGUUUUAAUUUUGGAUAUAGUCAAAAUGUUGGCAUGAGUGAUCAUCUUGGCAAUAUGGGGCGUGUAACACGAUCUCAUUUUAGUCGAAUUCUGUCCACAUAUAAUCUCAGUAUUUCAGAUGAUGAUUUGCAUAUUCUGUUUAAAAAGUAUGAAGAUCGUGAACAAGGAAAAGUCAAGUACAUGGAGUUUAUUCGAGACAUUGAUCCAGAAACUUACACUACAUAUAGCAAAAAAACAAGUCUUGGUGAUUCAAAACAAACUAGUCAAGUAGAAGAGUCGUCUGUUUCUUCCAGAGGUUCUCGUUUACGAGAAAAUAAUGUUGAUCAUAUUCUUACUUGCAUUCGUAACCAUGUUGGGCAAAAGCGUAUUCGUAUUUCCGAGUUUUUUAAAGAUUUUGAUAAACUUCGCAGCUAUUCAAUUCGUCGAGAAGAGUUUAUACGAGGUCUUGGAUGCAUUGGAUUAAAUCUGUCUGAAUCUGACAGUGAAUUGGUUGCAACAAAGUACAUGGACCAUCGCAAAAAGAAUUAUUGCAAAUGGAAAGAGUUUGAACAGGAUAUUGAUAAAGUGUUUGGGGAAACUCACCUUGAAAGCCGCCCGACUCAUAAUCCAGAGUCUGUAAAUGAGCGCACAUCACCAUUUGUGCUUGCUAAAUAUCCGCUUGAUUCAGAAGAAAUGGAGCUGCUAAAAAAAACCAUGAAUAACAUUUGUGAGCAUCUACGCGUUCGUCAGUGCAGCGUCAAGCCAUUCUUUCGUGAUCUUGACAAGGUGUGCACUGGAACAGGGCAUGUGACAAAGUCUCAAUUCCGUCAAUGUCUUACAUAUAUGAACUGUAAUGUAACCGAUGACGAAUUUCAAGUACUUUGCAAACACUGGACAAAAUCGAAUAGUGGAGUUGAGCAGAGUGAAGUUGGAGCUGAAAAGCAUACUAAUCAAACAAAAUUGGAUUUUAUUCAAGAUGUUGGUCAAAGCAUCAACUACGUUUUGUUUCUCGAGGAAAUUGAGCGUGGCUUGAGUUCCAAGGAUCAGUUAGAUUUUGGAGAAUCAAGAUUAGCUGAACAUAGUACAAAAGAUGUUCAAAAACCGGCUUUAUUAAAAGCGGGAUUUAAAGCAAAGCCCCCAAUCGAUCCAGUGGUUGACGAGGCAGAGUUUGAAAAGCUCAUGAUGCGUAUCAAGAUAAAGGCCAAGACGGAGCGUAUUCGUGUGAUUGAUUUUAUGGCAGACUUUGACCAUUUAAAGCAUGGAAAGAUUACACGAAACGAGUUUAGACGCGCCAUCAAAGUGCUGUAUGCAGAUUUAACAGAGGCGGACUUACAAGCUCUUGAAACCCAAUUCAAGCUUCCCCAAGAUCCUAAAUAUGUCAACUAUAUCAUGUUUUCUAAUGCUAUUGAAUCGGUAUUUACCAAAAAAGGGUUAGAAAAAAAUCCAACCGAAAAAGUUGACAUUUUCAAUGUCUAUUCAAAUGGCUGGGAAGCUGAUCCUUCUGUAAAUGUGCUGUCUCCAGAAGAUAAUGUGAUUUUACAGUCGGUGCUUGAUCGACUAGCUAAAAAAGUUAACGAGAGACGAAUUGAUGCCUUGAGUUAUAUGGAGGAUUAUGAUUUUGUCAAAGAAGGCACCAUCACUACCAAUCAAUUUCGAUCCGUACUCAAUAGUUUUAAUCUUGGAGUGACAGAUAAAGAAAUGAAUGUGCUCACGCAGUUUUUGGCAACCAACAAAACCAUGACAAGACUCAACUAUCGUAAACUAGCACGAUCAUGAUUAUCAUGUAACGUGGUAUUAGAAGGAUGACUGAGUAAAUGGCAAGACAGUGGUCGAUGAGCUGAACUUGUGGUAAUUGUACCAAAAAAAGUUGAUGGAUAGCGACAAUCAAAGUGAGGAUAAAAAGGAUAAAUGAAAAGUUAUCAACAAUC